AAAAUGUCUUUGGUGAAACUUUAAGCAAAGUAUCUCUAGCCGUUUCACCAAAAUGCUUGCUUCAGUAUAGAGAACUAUUUAUGAAUUUUAGUUUAAAUCCAAAUUCUGCAGCACUCCAAAUGAUAGAUGCAACUGCAAAAGUGCCAUCAGGAGUCCUCUCUUUAAAUGUCGAAGUUUUGGGUGAUUUUGACGAGUGUAUAGACAUUCGGACCAACACGACUAAAGCUGGGAUGAUCUUCGGAAAAUAUUGCUUGGGUCGUGUUAUAAUUAAUAACACUAAAGCCAUGAGUCUGUUGGAGAAUAGACCUGAAGUAAAUUUUUUCACUGGUAAAAUAGGAUUAGUCAAAGUUCCGAGUUGGGCUUUAUGUUUACCUAAUGAAUGCACGGUUAACGAUGCUAACACUAUUGGGAACAUUCUUAUAAAUACGAAUAGAUUUAUAAAAAAUACAGGGAUUGAAGUAGAAUUUAUGGAGUCUUUGUGCCAGACUGUGAAUGAUGUUUAUCCAAACCUCACUACUAAAGCAAUAAUAACAAUAACGGUUUUGCUACUUCUGAUUUCUGUAGUUUUCUUUUCAACCAUCUACAACCUUUAUUGUGUUUUCUACAGUAAAAACUCUUGUCCUAAGUUAAUCGAAGGCUUUUCUAUUUACACAAAUAGCCAAAAAAUUUUCCGAAUGUCGCCACCUACUGCUGAUCAUUUGUCAUGUCUGAAUGGUUUAAGAUGUAUCAGUAUGUUGUGGGUUAUUUAUUCGCAUGUACACCAGUUUCAACUAAAUAAUAUUCUUACUCAUUCCAAAGACAUAGUAGACUGGGCAAAUAAUUUACAAAGUAUGAUUGUGGCCAGUGGAACCUACGCUGUUGAUACUUUUUUAACAAUAGCAGGUGUUUUGAUGUCUUAUGGAUUUAUAAAGGCAAAAGUGAAUAAGAUUCGAUUUAAUUUAUUUUUGUAUUAUCUUCACAGAUAUCUGAGAUUAACUCUACCCCUUGCCGUAAUUGAAUUAAUUCAAAUGAAUCUUUUCAAAUACUUAGCCAGUGGGCCAAUAAUGCCUGUUGUGAGUGAAUUAUUCCAAAAGCGUUGUGAAGACCAUUGGUGGUUGGGCCUUCUCUAUGUACAAAAUUACUUCAGUGUUUCAGAGAUGUGCAUUCCUCAAGCUUGGUAUCUCAGCGUCGACAUGCAACUCUAUGUAAUCUCUCCUAUAAUAUUGUACACUUUGUGGAAAUAUCCAAAAACUUGUAUUACGCUCCUGUGUGGUAUUAGUGUUGCAAUUGCAGUAGCAACAUUUUACGUAGCUUGGGACAACCAAUUAACUGGACUUAUGAUAAAUUUAUAUGGUAACAUUCGCGAAUAUUUAGAAAAAUAUUAUUUCGUAACUCAUCUAAGAGCAACGCCGUGGAUUUUUGGGAUAAUUCUAGGUUACUAUCUAUUCAAAAUCAAACAUGAUAACAUCCAAAUAAGAAUGAAUAAAUUUAUUGUUUGCGUUAUGUGGUUUGUAUGUAUUGCAAUAAUAAACGUUUGUGUAUUUGGAGGACACAAAACUCUUCAAGGCCCAGAUUAUGACAAAUGGGGUAAUGCUCUUUAUAUAGUACUAGGACGACCAGUGUGGGCACUUGCUAUUUCUUGGAUAAUUUUUGCUUGUACUAUCGAUUAUGGAGGUCCUGUCAACUGGAUUCUCUCACUACCCAUUUAUCAAGUAUUUAAUCGGUUUACAUACAGUAUAUAUUUGACACAUGUGCUUUUUCUCGGUGUGUAUACUGGUAGUACGAAAUAUCCAGGCUACUUCAGUGAAUUCAACAUAUUACACGAGUUUUGGGGAACUUUUUGCUUUAGUGUUCUAUUUGCAGUUGUGCUUGUGUUUACAACAGAGUAUCCAGUAUCAGCUGUUGAAAAAUAUUUAUUAGGUGGUUUUACUGUAAUGCGAAAGUCUGCAAAGCUACAAAUAUCAGCAAACACAACAAAAGUAUAAAAAGGUUAACGAAGGCACGUGUUUUUCUUAAUUAGCUAUUUUUGUUGCUUAAAAUAUAACAUAAU